AUGAGGAUUGAGGUUCACGAGUGGAUUUUACAAACAACGACAGUCAACAGAGCCGGGCAGAGCUGUAGUAAAGCUAUAAAGGUGUUGUUUCUUACUUCUUCCUUGAACCAGAGAAAGGAUGACUUUUCAUUGGAAUAAUUUGUGGCUACUUCACGGACUUGUUCUUAUUAUUUGUGGCAUUAAAUUGCUGAAUGUUUCAGGUAAAUAUAUUUAUUGAAUAGUCAUAGAGCGAGUGAAUGUAAACUAUCGUGUGUGUACAACAUCUACGGUGUGUGUCACUGUGAACGUUGAAUGAAAUUUGCCACCAUAUGGUGUCAGAUUUCAAUACGGUAUCUUUGUGCCUUAGCUUCCAGGUAAUCGUAUGUUUUCGAAAGAAAUAAAGUUUUGCAAAGGAACGCUUAAAUUUUGUAUAGUAAAAAUAAAUUCAAUUUUGAAUUGAGCAGGGAGGGACUCUACAUAAAUAUUUAAUUCUAGAGAAACGUUGAAAGAACUUUCGAGUUUUAGACUAGAAAAUUAUAUAUGUAUUGACUUUUCAAGCAUUGUGUAUUUAUUUCUUUCAGCCCUAACUUGUGAUGUAAACGGUAUUUGUCAGUGUAAUACCACCGGUGUUGAUGGGGCGAACAUGUCUAUCAGUGAAAAGUUUCUAUGCGACGGCGACCCGGACUGUACUGAUGGAGGCGAUGAAUUAAAUUGUGGUAUGUUGCAGUGUCUUCAUUAUUUGUGAAAUAUCAGAAUUUAUCAUAGACCUAAAUGCCAUGAACGUGUGGCGUCUUUAUUUUGUAUAGGGUAUUGUUUUAAAUCCAUCUGUUUGAAAUGCUUAUAUUAAUAAAUCUGGCCUACGUGUCUGUGUUCAUAUAGUAGCAUCGAUGAUUUAACUUGAUUUUUAUACUUUCUAUAUAAAUCAUGAUUUUUCAGCCAUGCUUCUGUUUGGUUCAGAAUUGUACAGUACAGAGCAUAAAAUAAGGAUUCAUAGAGAAUUUAAUGGUGACACGCAAACAGAAUUCCUCAGGAAUUUUACCGUUGACGUUAUACCUUUAUAUUAUCAUAUAUAUUCUAGUUCGUGUUUAAAAUUGUCUAACUAAAAUUUUAUACUAUAGAUAUUUUUCCGUAUUUUUUUGGAACUGAAAGGGAUAUUACAUAACUAUUCUAGCAUUCUAUAUUAUUUCAGUUUUUAUCGAUAGGAGAAUAUUAAAAUCCUUUGCUUCAUUGCGUUUUACGUAUCUGUGGCAUUAAUACGAUUUUAAAACAUUAUCAAGGAAUGUAAUGUCCGUGUCUUAAAGACAUAGACUAACUGGUAGGACGUAAUUUAUACGACAUAAAACAGUUCGAUUUUAAAUAGACGUAUUUUAGUGUUUUGUGUAGCGGUUCUAUUUUAUUUCACGUGGGAGUAUUUGUGGCGUAGCGAAGGUUGGUUCAGAAAUGGCGAGCAUUCAUUGGCCAUCAUGGGGGGCCUCACCUUUAUCGCGCCUAUUCACUUGACAACUCAAAAACGUUUCCGAAACUCGCAAUAACUAUUCUUAAUAUAUCCGUUUAUGGUUUCAUUUUGACGACUUCUUGGUAGAAAAUAUGUAGUUGAAUAAUUACAAUUGUGAAAAUAAAAGCAUUUGCAUUUUCACUAUAAACAACAAUGUGUAUUGACUCUAGUAUUUGAUUUUGCAUUAUUUUGGAUUUCUCGUCACAACAAAACAACGGGAAAUUAGUAUUUCUAUUUCCGCGUGGAAUAUCUCCGUUAAAGCCUGAAAUACAUAUGUUAAAAACUCAGUUUUUACACAGAAAUCUCGUUUCACACUGAAACCUUUAUGUUGCGUGGUGACAGGUGGCCAGCCAUGCAAAUAUCGAGUAAAUUGUUUCUUCAAAUAAAUUCAUAGCAACCGUUUAAUUGGCCAGUCAAGAUAUUCAAAAGACUUUAGUUCACUAUUAGAUUUGCAUAAAUUUGUAUGCAUGAUUGGAGACCAAGGUCAGCUAUAAUUUAGGUAUGUGAUAUCAUAUUUCUGCUGUGUUGCAGGGUACAAUAUUGUAGUAUGUAGGCUUGACUCAUCAAUUUUUCCAUGAUUAUAAAUUAUAUACUUAUUAAUUAAAUAACUGCUUUAAGGGCCUGUUUACAUGGAGGUAGGGUGACCCUAUUAGGAGGGUUACCCUAGCAAGCGGGUCAGAAAAAAGCGAGCGUUUACAUGAGGUAGGGUUACCCUACUGCUAGGGCCAAAUAAAAAUAAGAGUUGGUUUCAGGUUUCCGACCGACCUG